AUGGGUUUUAUUGGGAUGAGUAUCGCCCUUGGGGUACUGGUCGGUCCCGUAGUUGGUGGUGUAUUGUAUCACAGCUACGGAUAUCUCGCCGUGUUCAUUUCCGGCUACGCGAACUCUCGACGUCUCAUUCCGUUCUUAAACAAAAAAUCACUAAUCGAGUCCGCACAGCUUGUUGCGCUAGACUUCCUCCUACGAAUACUCAUGCUGCCAAGCCCAAGGAAGGCCAACAUUCAAGCAGACGCAACAUACGGGACGUUUUCCCACGACCAAGACAACGCCGAAACCCCACCAGAUGAAACCCAGCGCCGAACGAGUCGCUCAUCAAGACCUCCACCCACAUCCUCCACAAACCCAUCACCACCUCCGACCCCCAAAGCAACACCCCCCACGCACCGCCACCCAAUGCUAACCCUCCUAACCACGCCCCGCAUGCUCGCCGCCAUCCUCGCAGACUUCAUGCAAAGCGUCGUCCUCACCGGCCUCGAAACCAUCCUGCCCCUCCGCAUCAAGCUCCUCUUCCACUACAACUCCAAGCAGGUAGCCCUCGUCUUCCUCGUCCUGACCAUCCCCUCCUUCUCCGCGCCCGCCGUCGGCCUCCUCAGCGACCGAGCCGGCGCCAAACCCAUCGUCGCCCUCGGCUUCACCGCCCUCGCCCCCUUGCUCGUACUCCUCCGCCUCGUCACGCACGACUCCGGGGCCCAGGUCGCGCUCCUGUCGUUUAACGAUGAUUAUGACGAAAAGGAUGAAUACGAUGAUAUAUAA